CAUCCAGUUCGUCAACAUCAUCAAGAAGUACCCGGUCCUUUAUUCGGCCAGCAAUAUGGGCUACGAGGUUAAGGAGGAGCUGGAAACCGCCUGGGAUUGCGUCGCCAGAGAGGUCGGCGAAUCAGAUCCACUAUAACCGACCACGUUCAUGCCAUCUUGCUGCGUUGCUGGUUGCCCGGAGCGUAACAGAAGUAACCGAAAGGCUAACAGGGAACGCGUUUUCUUCCACUCUUUUCCCUUGCGAAAGCGAUCUCCGGAGCGUUACGACGCGUGGGUGCGUUAUUGUGGACGCGGAAAAGACUACGUACCCUCGAGGCACUCCUGUAUCUGCUCUCGUCAUUUCAACGCGUCUGACUACGACCCCUCGCAGCUACUGAAGAUUAAACUCCUAAAGAACAGGCAUCUUCAAGGAGCUCGCCACCUUCCAGGCGUCCUCCCAACGGCACCGCCUCCUGGUGUCGAUGACAUAGAACGCUAUCCCAAGAAAGUCCCUAUCACUGGCAAAGGUUCAACCGGCAAGAAUCUCUGCUUGGGAAGAUCAUUCAUGAGCAACUCCGGAGAAGAAAACGCACAGUUGGGGCAAAGUGAUCCUGGAAGACUCUUGGAGGCGAACGUUAUACAGAAUGGCACCUCGGUAUCCUACCCUAUCCUAGGCUAUGUGGGUUCUUACCUAAAUUCAUUCAGACCCAUACUACCUCGCCCAGCGGCGCAUCAAAGAGUAAACCAGGAUGUUUCACCUAAAGAUCCCCCAAAACCGCACACGAAUUCUUCACAGCCGACCAAAAGCCGUAGAAGAACCAAGAGAUCCCCCUCGCGUCGUCCAGAAGGACCGAGGAAAAGAGGCAAUGGACCAAGGGGUGCAAAAGAAAAGCAAGUACAACAAAUUCAUACGAUAGACACGCAAUCCGUCACGCAACGACAACCAGUCGUCUUGCUGAAAACUGUGGGAGGUCAAAACUUGAGCGACAUCUCCGAAGUGCCCCCAACAGCGGGACAAGUACAAGCGGCUUCCUUGGGCACGGCGAGUUUUGACUCUUUCAGUCCCGUCAUUUCUGGAGUCUGCCUUCCACCACAGCAGGCUUGUCUCAAUGUAAGAAGCUCAAAUUCCGGCAGACGGAUCAAGCCUUUUGUUCGUAUCGCACCGAAAGUAGACCCGAAGCAGGGAACAGGCACAGGUGCUGCAACAACGGAAAAUUCAAAUCCUGGCACAGAAGUUAGUGAGCCUCGUCGAAAUAUCCCGGAAUUGCAAUCUCCAACCCGUGGCAACCGGAAGCAAGCUUUGGUUUGUCGGGAUCUCCCAGAGUUGCAAAAUCCAUCCCGUAGCAACCGGAAGCAAGCUUUGAUUUGUCGGAAUCUCCCAGAGUUGCAAAAUCCAUCCCGUAGCAACCGGAAGCAAGCUUUAAUUUGUCGGAAUCUUCCGGUGUUGAGGCCGAACCCUUCAAUUUCGGAAUGCGUGGUCUCCGGAGAUCAGCCUCCUCCAGACCCUGAAUCCAUGGUAACCUCAGAUCUUGUCGUGUGUGAGUUAGAGUGCUUUGAUGAUCUUCCUAACUUGCAAGACCCAACUGGAACCCUCCCAAACAAGAACGAGGAGUCUGUGAUCAUCCUAGCCAAUUGUAAUCCUGAAGUCAGUUGGUUGGAGCCGGGAAUAUCUUUGGAAAAAGAAGACUCGACCAAGAAAUGCUCAAACGAAUCAGACUUCAACCCCUCAAGCACCACACCGUUUCGACCUGUGACUUUCAGUGAUUCAGCCGUCGUUCAGGUUGCGAUCAAAUCCAACCCAGAUAACUUUCCUCAAGUUGACUUAAAAUGCGAUGAUUCCAUGCCUGAUGAUGUCUCAGACUCUGGUCAUCCAUUACCUGAGGAUGAAUUGAAUUCUUCGUACUCCAUACCUGAGGAUGCCUCAGAUUCUGGCAAUCCAGUGCCAGACGAUACCCCAGAAUCUGCCAGUGAGAUGCCUGAACUCAAAAAUGAAGAACUAGGAAGCGCUGAUCCUCUACGGACGUCUUUCCAACCUGCUGUGUCUACUGCAGGCGAGCAUGCGUCUUCUAAUGGCGAGGAUCCUCCGUUAGAAGUCAUCAAGGAGGAAUUCCCGACUCAGGAUCCAUUGGCUGGUUGUGAGGAUUUGGAGGUCUCCAACAGCUCCGACACUGAAACUUUCGUGGUAGCCUGGAGCUGCCUGCUACCUUUGUUCGAAAACUGCCGAGUUUGUCACAAUCCUGUCAGUCGCUUGAAAAGGUACAAUGAUGAGCAAAUUUUGGUUGUGCAGACUUGGUGCGACAGUUGUCGUGAUCACAGAGUGUGGAAGUCUCAAUUUUGAAAGUUUUCGCCUGCAAAGAGAAGUGGAAAAACUUAAGGGGUUGUUUCACCCGCGAUAUAAGAUGGACGAAAA